GCCAACCGCCGCGGAGAGCGCACGCGUCGCUCUGUCGAAAAGAGUUCAGUGAACGAGUGUUGUGAAUGCAAGGACUGUAGUCACCAUGGUGCGCAGUCUGUCUCAGUGGACAAAGACCCUCAGCUUCCCAGCGAGGUUGUCUCCCAACCGCACGUCGAAAGAAAGCGUCAUCAAUGUCCAGCCAGCUUCCCCAGGAGUGUCACCGACUCCCAGCGCCUCGUCUCUCCCUCAAGGCUCCGACAAAACUAUUUCUCCCAUACCGAUUACAGAGAUCAGUCAAAUUAUAUACCCGGAUCCGGAGUCGGAGAAGGCUAUUAUGGGAUCUGUGGUCUACUGCAUCCAUCAUAAAGAAGGAUGCCAGUGGUCAGACGAAUUACGUAAACUAAAGGCGCACCUGAACACGUGCAAGCACGACGCGGUUCUGUGCGCGGCGCAGUGUGGCGCCAUGAUCCCGCGCGUUCUGAUGCAAGAUCAUCUCAGAUACACCUGUCCAAGAAGGCGGGCAAACUGCGAACAUUGUGGGAAAGAGUUUUCCGGGAGCGCUCUUGAGGAACACCAAGGAAACUGCGGACACGAGCCUGUGUACUGCGAGAACAAGUGCGGCGCUAAGGUGCAGCGUAGACACACGCAGCAGCACGUGCAACAGCACUGCAGCAAGCGGUUGGUGCCUUGCCGCCAUUGCGGACAGCGGUAUACUCAGGACACGGUGGCAGCGCACGGCGCGACCUGCGCACGGGCACCCGUCCCCUGCCCGCAGCGCUGCGCAGUUACAGCUGUGCCGCGGGACGAGCUCGACUCGCAUCUGCGCGACCACUGCGCCGCGGCCGGUGUGGCUUGCGCCUUCAGGGACGCCGGGUGCAGGUUUAAGGGAACAAGACCAGCUUUAGAAAGACACACAGAAGAAUCCUGCCAACAACACCUCGCCCUCGUCUCAGCCCUCGCAUCCCGCCAGGCCAGGCAACUGGAAUCCCUCCGAGCUGCUGUAGCCAGGCUCUCGGUCAACUGCUCAGGAGUCCUUGUCUGGAGGAUCACGGACUGGGCUGCGAAAAUGGCUGAGGCAAAAUGCAAGGAUGGAGUCGAGCUAAUUUCUCCAGCGUUUUAUACCAGCCAGUAUGGAUAUAAGUUGCAGGCAUCACUCUUCCUCAACGGCAAUGGGGCAGGCGAAGCAACCCACAUGUCAGUCUACAUCAAGAUUUUACCAGGAGAAUAUGAUGCUCUACUCCGUUGGCCAUUUGCCCAUACAGUCUCCUUCACCCUCUUUGACCAGAGUUCAAGCCCAGACCGAGCCUGCAAUAUUGUGGAAAGCUUCGUCCCUGAUCCUACAUGGAAGAAUUUUCAAAGACCUUCAAAGGAACCUGAUGCGUUAGGUUUCGGAUUCCCGAGAUUCGUCUCCCAUGAAAUGCUGAAGAAAAGGAAUUUUGUUAAAGAUGAUGUCAUGUUUCUAAGGGUUAAGGUGGAUCCUAGCAAGAUCGUUGCUGUGUAAAGAACUGAUUUUACUUUUAUGUUAAAUUAAGGUGUUAUUUAAGGCAAACAUAGUUUUUACGCACAAAUAUUAAUUAAAAACUACAAGUCAUUGUUAUUUAGUGCUAAGUAACUUAAAAGUCAUAGGUUUUAAUGUAAAUAUUUAUAGAUAAGCUUUAGUGUUAUUGAAAUUAGUUAUAUAAUUGUACAGUUAUUAGUUUAAGUGCGCAUACGCUGCAUUGUUAUCCUUUCACUGAAGAUCUCUUGAGUUUCAUUGCCGGCAGACGUAAGUAACAAACUAAGCACUGUUUCAAAGGAUAGACCGUAAUAAUUCAAGAGGUAAUAGGUUUUGAAAUCCGCCAUUUUGCAACGUUGAGUGAUUAUUCAAAAUGGUGGCGGUUAAAUCCUAUUAUUAAUUAAAAUGGCAAAAAGUCUUGCGCAUCAUGUGCCAUAUUGAUUAGAAAAUAAUGGAAAUUACACACAUUUUUAUAGGUAAUCUGCAAAAAUAGUGUGUGGAUACAGGUUUACGUUCAGGAGCGUUUUUGUUGGCCUUAAAUUACAAAGGC